GGUAAAACCAACCGAAGUGUCCGUUCUAUAACACCCACAGUCAGGAAUUGCUCUAAUGGGAGAAGACGACGAAUUAAACCAGCAUGAUGUUUUUGGGAGAAAAGUUAGAUGCAAAGAGAGACACAAGGAAGUGGAUGCUGCCUGUGUUAUUGCUCCGAGCUUGUCAACGGAAAAGCCUGAGGACGUGACAUUCGCACUCCUCGACCGGCCAUGGAGAGAGACACUAAUGGACCAGUUCGGAACCUAGCUACUUCAUUGCCAGCCAGAUCCGUCGCCAACAGUGUAGCCAACGCCCUUCCUGACCGGGCUGGUCUGUUGUCCAGUGUGUGAAGCAGGAAACUACGACAGUCUCUGUUCACGCAUGCGCAGUCAGUAAUUUAACGCAGCCAGCAGACUUGAGUUAGAGGAAAGUGCCCCUUCCAUAACUCCCACAGGGGACACUGCUGGGGUUAUUGCUUGGAGCUGGUCAACAAGAGAGCAGUCAUGGACGGCCACAAGGAAUGUGACGUUCACACUUCUACACUGGCCACGGAGAGAGACGUUAAUGCACCGGUUUGGAACCUCGCUAGGACAUCGCAAGCUGGAUCCAUCACUAAUAAACCUGGAGAAGCCCUUCCCGGCCCGCCCGGUCCGUCGUCCAUUUUGAAUUUCAGAAAAUCUCCUGGUCCUGGGCAGCAGGAGCCAGAGUCUCCCGGCAUUAAAGAGGAAGUUGAGCUCCCCCAAAUCAAAGAGGAGGAGCCAGAGCCCCCUCAACAGCAAAAGAGAGAGGCGCAACUUCCAAUCAAAAAGGAGGAGGUAGAGCUGCCGUAUGUUAAAGAGGAGGAAGAAGAGCAAGAUAUCACCAGGUCGACUGGUGAGUCUUUAAAAAAUGAAGAUAGUCUGAGUGAGGCCAGCAGAGGGGCGGAGCUUCCGAGUGGCAGCAGUUCAAUAAAAGGAUUGCGAGCAGACAAUUUCAUCGCUCCGCCAUCAGAUAGCAACAACGCCACCUCACGCUCGCUUUACACUGAUGAUGAUGAUGACGAUAGUCAUAAGAAAGGUCUCAGUGAUGACAAACUCUGCGAAUGCUCUCAGUGCGGGAAAACCUAUUAUAACAAGUCAAAUUUGAAUCGGCAUAUGAAGAGCCACACCCGUGAGAAACCCUUUUGCUGCUCCGUUUGUGGCCAAAGAUUCGCUCAAAAGAUACAACUAACACUCCACACAAGAACCCACACUGGCGAGAGACCUUUUGCCUGCUCGGUUUGUGGUCAAAGAUUCACUCAAAGCCAAAACUUAAAAACGCACACACGAACCCACACUGGUGAGAAACCUUUUGCCUGCUCAGAUUGUGGUCAAAAAUUCGCUUUGAAAAAGAACUUAACAACGCACACGAGAACCCACACUGGUGAGAAACCCUUUUCCUGUUCAGUAUGUGGUCAAAAAUUCUCCGCGAAACAAAGCUUAAUUGACCACACAAGAACCCACACUGGUGAGAAACCCUUUUCCUGCUCCGUCUGUGGCCGAACGUUCGCUCAGAGCGAACACCUUAAACUGCACUCAAGAACCCACACUGGGGAAAAACCUUAUUCCUGCUCAGCUUGUGGUCAAAGAUUCGCUCAGAAGACUAGCUUAACGACCCACGCACGAACCCACACUGGUGAGAAACCCUUUUCCUGCUCAGUUUGCGGUCAAAAAUUCUCUCUGAAUGAAAACCUCAAGAGGCACACAAAAACCCACACUGGCGAGAAACCUUUUUCCUGCUUAGUUUGCGGUCAAAGAUUCAGCCACAAGAGCGCCCUAAAAACACAUUCAAGAAAUCACACUGGUGAGAAACCCUUUACCUGCACAGUUUGCGGUGAUGGAUUCACUCGGAGUGAUGGACUUAAGAGGCACAAGUGUGUGAGUGUGAAAAGCAGUGGACCAACAAUUGUUUUGCCUGUGAUCCAUGCUGCCAUCGUCAGUUUGGGCACGCAGGCAAUUGUAUUAUGUGGACCUUCCUCAAAUCCUGUUAAGGAUUAGCACUUUUGGUGCUAUAUCUGUGCUUUGCCCAAUCCUUGUUUAAUGUGCAUCCACACUAUUGAAGUUAAAUGUGUAGAGUUUUGAAUUUGUCUCUAUUUAAAAGUUUAAAAUAAACAAACAUGAAUGAGUUUUUUUUCAAGAUUAUUACUCCCACAAUGACUGCCAUUUUUUUCAAUGAUUUCACGUGCUCUUUUGUUUAUUAAAAACAAAAAAUUCAAUCAGUUGCAUAUUAAUGACGUAAGACUCAUCUUUUUAUGCCACAGGGCCGACAAUAAUAUAACCAACAACGAAAGAUGGCAGUCAUUCAAUGUGAUGUCAUCAAUACGCCUUCGAUUGCUUUGGAAGAGUGCUGUCCUUUCCUCAGUUUCAAGACUAGCAUUCAUUGCUCAUUGGCCCUGUGAUUUAAUUCAUCAAACGGUGGCGGAAACUUAGUGCCUGCUAAGUAUCCCAAUCGUUUCAGUGCACUUUAACCUAGCUUAGACGCUAACAAAGCUCUUGGCGUCAACACAAGGCGGAGCAAGCAUUCAUCAAGUUGCAAAAUGUCAGGUGAGUUGACUUUUGAUUUAAUUGAUUUCAAUUUUUUUGGUAACACUUUAUAAUAACUAUCCGUUUUACUACCGUAUUUUUCGGACUAUAAGUCGCAGUAUUUUUCAUAGUUUGGCUGGGGGUGCGACUUAUACUCUGGAGCGACUUAUAUGUGAAAUUAUUAACACAGUAUUAUAUAAUUUUACAUGUUAUUUUGGUGUUUUGGAGUGACACUGAUGGUUUGGUAAACUUGUUAGCAUGUUCUUUAUGCUAUAGUUAUCGGAAUAACUCUUAAAAGCUAUGUUGCGUUAACAUACUGGGCACGUUCGCAUUUUGUUGUUCAUGCAUCAUGUAACAUUAUCAUACUGUACACUUAUUCAGCAUGUUGUUCUCUACUAUAUUUUUAUUUUAAAUUGCCUUUCAAGAUGACAUAUCUGUUCUAUGUGUUGGAUUUUAUCAAGUAAAUUUCCCCUGAAAAUGCGACUUAUACUCCGGUGCGACUUAUAUAUGUUUUUUCCUCUUCAUUUGGCAUUUUAUGUUAGGUGCGACUUAUACUCAUGUGCGACUUAUAGUCCGAGAAAUACGGUAGUUAAUAGAUCAUUCGUAAACUGUUGAUAAAUGAUUUAUUGUUGAUUUGUGAAGUAUUUGUUAACAGUUUGUUAAGCAUUUACAGAGUGUUCCAAUAUGGUUGACCCCAUUCUAAAUGCCCAUGCUAGUUGAUGGAUCUUAAUAAAACUAUAUACACUUGAUGUUGAAGGUCCUAAGUUUUAUUUGUUAAAUAUACAAAGUACAAAUAUUUGUUGGUUCUAUGGCAGAUUUUCAUAAAUGUGCAACAUGAGCGCUGCCUGCAAAAUGCCUUAUCAAAAUGCCUUUUAUUUUUGAAGUGAACGGCAUUUCUUAACCUGAAAAGAUAGAAAUGCCAAACGUUACACACAAAAACUUGAAACGUUUCUACACAAACUGUUUCAGGUUAAGAACACCCUGUAAAUGCUUCACAAACUGUUAACAAAUACUUCACAAAUCAACAAUGAAUCAUUUAUCAACAGUUUACUAAUGAUCUAUUAACUAGUAACCGGAUAGUUAUUAUAAAGUGUUACCUUUUUUUUUUUUUUUAAACAGCAGUAAAAGUACAGAUACAGGGGCAAAAAUCACUUGAGUAAAAGUGCAAGUAAGAAAAAAAAAUACUAAGCAGAAAACGCUCAUUUUCAACUUAUUAUUGGUUACACAUUUUUUCAAAAUUUCAAAAACGGUCAAAAAACAGUUUUGGGCCAGGGAGCGCCGGGAAACGUUCCAAAAACCCGUCAGGACUCUCGGCACAGCUCAAAUAUGCAAAAAAAGUGGACUUUUGGGGAAAGUCAAUUUUUGACUUUUUCGUAAGGGGGGGGUGGUUACGCAUUUUUUCAAAAUUUCAAAAACAGUCAAAAAACACUUUUGGGCCAGGG